AUGCAAGUCACCUUUGCUCUGUCAAAUUUGACAGGACGAGUAAAGAUUUGGCCCUUAGGGAUCAAGCUUCACGACCCAAACGUGUUUGAGUCGUUGGAGAUCUUGAAGUCUCGGCUCAAAGAGACGUUUGAGCCGCCGAGAGCCGAGUACAGAGCACGCUCUGCACUCUUGAGGCUAAAGCAAGGUAAGCGUGACGUGCACGCUUACGCACAGCACCUGCGCUACCUUGCGAGUAGCGUUAGGGAUAACCCUGUUGAUGAGCACACGAUCUUCAACGUGUCCAUCUACAGCCUUGUAGAUGGACUGAUGAAGACCUACAUGUUCCGAGAGGACUUCCAUACGCUGGAAAAGACGAUAGCGUAUGCGGAACAAGAAGACUUCAGCCUGAUACAGUUUCAGGCUAAUUCGUCAAACUAUCGUCCGACUAGACCACAAGAAAUCGGAGGUCCCGAAUUAAUGGACCUCUGUCAUGUCGAGAGCAAGAACUCUCGCUCUCUGAGUCACAAGCGAACGCAAGAUGCCAUCACUUUCAGAAGAUCGGGCACUAUGCUCAUGAGUGCAGUGUCCCAAGCACCGCACCACGUCCAAAGACAGGAAGUGAUGACCGUCGCUGGCCAAAGAAAGGUCUGA